UUCCCAUCGCUAUCGCAGCUGAUUUUGGCGGCAUCUCCACGAAAAAAUACGCAACAUUUUUGCUAUUAGUUUAUAUUAUGUGUUAUUGUUAAGUUUCCUUGGUGUCAACUGUCGAAAGGAUAAUGACGGAUAAGAGUGCCAUAAUCGAUGCACUGGAAAAGCACUUUGGCCACAAGAGCUUCAAAUCAGAGCUGCAGGAGCAAGCUAUAAAAUGUGCCGUAAAAAAAAAACAGGAUGUGUAUGUCUCAAUGCCGACCGGAUCCGGCAAAUCGCUCUGCUUUCAGCUGCCGGGACUAAUGUGCGAGAAUCAGUUGACAAUUGUCUUCUCGCCACUUUUGGCGCUGAUUAAAGAUCAGAUCGAUCAUCUGGCCAAGCUCAAGGUGCAGGCGGACUCGCUGAACUCCAAGAUGAGCAGCAAGGAGCGUGAACGUGUCAUUAUGGAUCUGCGAGCCAUCAAGACAAACAUCAAAUUCCUGUACAUCACUCCAGAGCAGGCGGCCACAAAGUUCUUUCAGGAGCUGCUCCACUCGCUCUACAAGCACAAGAAGUUGGCCUACUUUGCCGUGGAUGAGGCGCAUUGUGUCUCCCAAUGGGGUCACGACUUUCGGCCAGACUAUCUGAAACUGGGCGAACUGCGGUCCAAGUAUCCGGACGUGGUUUGGCUGGCACUGACGGCCACAGCCUCCAAGGAGGUGCGUGAGGAUAUCUAUAAGCAGCUGCGUCUUCGCCAGACCGUGGCACAGUUCUGCACGCCCAGUUUUCGAUCGAAUCUCUACUACGACAUCGUCUACAAGAACUCCAUUGAGGAUGACUUUCAUCAUUUGGCCGAGUUUGCCCAGCACUGCCUAGGCAAUGAGGCGCAGUUCAAAUCUUUGCCAAAGUCACAACGCGGCUGUGGCAUCAUCUACUGUCGCACUCGAGAGCAAGUGGAGAGUGUGGCGGUGGGCGUGUCCAAGCAGGGCAUUGCUGCAGUUGCCUAUCACGCCGGCCUGAAGACCUCGGAGCGCACUGAAGUGCAGGAGGCAUGGAUGCGCGGGGAUAAGCCCAUCAUCUGUGCCACCAACAGUUUCGGCAUGGGCGUGGACAAGCCGAGUGUGCGCUUUGUCAUUCACUGGGUUGUGCCCCAAAAUGUGGCCGCUUACUAUCAGGAAUCAGGACGCGCUGGACGCGAUGGCCUCCAGUCGUAUUGCCGUCUCUAUUAUGGUCGUGAGGAUGUGCGUUCCAUACGCUUCCUGCUCCAAAAUGAUGCUCAACGUGCCCGUGGUCGUGCCGACCGUGAGAUGCUCACGGAGCGUGCCCAGCGUCAGUUCGAGCGCAUUGUGGAUUUUUGUGAAUUGACACGCUGUCGCCACAAACUCUUUGCUGAUUAUUUUGGCGAUCCUGCGCCCGCCUGCACUGACCAAUGCGAUGUCUGCAAGCGUCCCAAGCAGGCUGAGAAAGCGUUGGAGACAUUUCAACGUCUGUGCAUGGAUGCCACCUUCAAGUCGAAUAUUUCGCUGCAGGAUUGCGCCGAUCUCUAUGAGGGAGGACGUGCGGGCAGCAAACGAGCUGCCCAAGAUUAUGGCGAUGGUGAUUCGGAUGACUCUGGCGAGAGUCAUGCAGCGCAGUCCAAGCGUGCUAAAAAGGAAACGGAGGACUUUAUACGGGAACAAUUUAAGCUGCGCAAACAAUUAAAAUCCGCUCGGCAGCUGGAGCAGGAGACACACACACAAAUUUCACGUGUGCGCCAGGCUCAGUCCACGGAGACCAAAAUAGCCGGACUGCAUCUGACCCAACGCGAGAAAUAUCUGGAUGCUAUAAUAGAUGCGCUCAAGGCGAAUGCUCAAGCGUGUGAAAAGGAUGAGGAGCAGCAACCACGUAGUGCUCUAAGACACAACGACUAUGAGGCCGUGGGUGUGGAUCUGGAGUACGAGGUGUUUCAGAAGCAGCGUGUGGUCAACAUGUACCGCCAUGCGAUGGCCAAACAGCUGGCCAUCAUCAAGCAACAAACUACCAAGGUGGCGCUAAUGCCGCUCCUAGCCGACUAUGUGCCACGACCAGAGACGAGCGCCAAGGGCGUUUGGACGGGCGGAAGUGUUGCGUAUUUUGAGCGUAAGCUGAAGGAGUUGGAGGAGCAGAAGCCGCAGUCAUUAAAAGAACCACCAAAGGCAUUGCGGGAACGCAAAGGAUUCAAACAGGAGCAGAGCAAACAAACCUCCAUAGCCAGUUUCUUUACAAAGGUCAAACAGGAAGUAAAUACGGAAGAUGAGGAGAAGGAAAAGGAUGUAGGUGAGCCGAAAGAACAGCUGUUUGAGGUUAAAACAGAACCUACAGAGGCAACUGAGGAUGAGCCAAUGACAAUCAAAGAAGAGUCAAGUGAUAUCACUGACGAAGUACCCGUGGAUGAGCUGAAAGAGGAUGAGGAUUCAGAGCUUACUGAAGAGGAAAGGCUACAGAAGGAAGCACAGCUUGAGCUGGAUUUUGGAGAUAGAAAAUAUAGACUUAUGUCCAAUGACGAUGGCAGCUAUGAUACACAUCGCAAGUUACGCGUCUCCCACUUGGAGCAGGAGACGCAAAAGAAGUCAACGAAGCCCUCAGCCAGUAAAUUCAACUUUGCGAUACCAAGAUCUGAAGAAGAGCAGGAGGAUGAGGAAAUAAAAACUGAAACAAGCAUGGAUACAAUAGGAUUCACAACUGCACGUCAAAUUUUGGAGCAAAAAGAAAAGAAAUUAAAUGGUGCAGAGCGGGAGGAUGAAAAGAAGCAUGGAGAUAAGAGAAAACAGGAGCUGGCAACAAUGUCCGGUGGAUUUAUGACAGCACGUCAAAUGCUGGAGCAAAAGAAGUCAAGGGAGGAGCAGACUAAAAUAAAAUUUGCAACAGAAAAGUCUCCAGUUGAGCGCAGCAAAGAGAAGACUGCAUCGGAGAGCAAGGACAAAGAGAAGUCUUUGUCGGAACAUGUUAAGGAAAAAUAUUCAUCAGAGCGCAGCAAGGAGAAGCAUUUGCGAGAUUCCUCCAAAGAAAAGUCUUCAUUAAGGCUCAGCAAGGAAAAGUCUUCUUCGGAGCACAGAGAGAAGUCUUCUUCGGAGCACAGCAAAGAAAAAUCUUCUUCGGAGCACAGUAAAGAAAAAUCUUCUUCGGAUCACAGUAAAGAGAAGUCUUCUCAGCACAGCAAGGACAAAACGAAUGCUAAUCAGCAUAAGAACGAUGUGAGCAAAUCUGUGGUGCAGUGGCUUAAUCCCUAUUAUAAACGCAAAAUUGCCACCAAGGAGCUGUUCAAGGCACUGGCCAAGCUCAUCACACAACGUAUCUGCGACGGCAGCCUAGGAAACGGCGAUGUCUGCAAAUGUUACAUCAAGGAAACGUUUCACAGCCUGAAAAUGAUUGAGAAUGAUCAGGACAUUGAGAAAUAUUUUACAAACGCCAUCAAAUGAGUGAGAAUGGAGUUGGACAAUAUUGUUAUAAAUUUAUAUGAUCUAAUUUUUUUACGGUCAGCUUGUGUAAAUAUCGUUUGAGUUUGUGAGUUAUUUGUAUGUAUUUUUUUUUUCAAAUUAUUGAUGGAUCAAUCGUUAUGAGAUUGAGAUUGAGAAAUUACAUCGUCUGCUUUGGACUGUUUCCUACAGUUAUUGAUUUCUGAUUUUAGAGGAAUAGAAAUAAAUGAAACCCUAUUAAUUGUACCUGCUUUAUAUUAUAUAUGAAGUGACUAAACAACGAAGAGAUAUUAUAUUGAAAAUUGGCUAAUCAAUAAAGUUUUUAAAUGCGGAAAAUA